GGGACAUGGUCUCCGCUAUGAGGUCCCGGACUCUGAGUAAGGAUGAUGUGAACUACAAGAUGCACUUUAGGAUGAUCAACGAGCAGCAGGUGGAGGACAUCACCAUAGACUUCUUCUACAAACCCCACACCAUCACCCUGCUCACCUUCACUACCGUCAGCCUCAUGUACUUUGCCUUCACAAGGGAGAACACAAGCCAGGAAGAUAAUAUCUGGAAAGGAAUCCUCUCUGUCAUCUUCUUCUUCCUGAUCAUUAGUGUCUUGGCUUUCCCAAAUGGCCCAUUUACAAGGCCGCAUCCUGCAAUAUGGCGAAUGGUUUUCGGUCUCAGUGUACUUUACUUCCUGUUCCUUGUCUUCCUGCUUUUCCUUAACGUUGAGCAAGUAAAGGCCGUCAUGUAUUGGCUGGAUCCAAACCUUCGAUAUGCUACAAGGGAAUCUGAUGUUAUGGAGUACGCAGUUAACUGCCAUGUAAUCACAUGGGAGCGGAUACUGAGCCAUUUUGAUAUAUUUGCCUUUGGGCAUUUCUGGGGCUGGGCCAUGAAGGCUUUGCUAAUCCGAAGCUAUGGCCUGUGUUGGACAAUCAGCAUCACUUGGGAAAUGACGGAGCUGUUCUUUAUGCACCUCCUUCCUAACUUUGCUGAGUGCUGGUGGGAUCAAGUUAUUCUGGACAUCCUCUUGUGUAAUGGCGGGGGCAUCUUGCUGGGCAUGGUGGUUUGCCGCUUCUUGGAGAUGAGAACCUAUCACUGGGCAAGCUUCAAGGACAUUCACACCACAACAGGCAAAAUCAAGAGAGCCGUUCUGCAGUUCACUCCAGCGAGCUGGAUCUACGUGCGCUGGUUUGACCCCAAAUCUUCCUUUCAAAGAGUAGCUGGGGUCUAUCUGUUCAUGAUUAUCUGGCAGCUGACCGAACUGAAUACGUUCUUCUUAAAGCACAUCUUUGUGUUCCAAGCCAGCCAUCCCUUGAGUUGGUGCCGGAUCCUUUUCAUUGGUAUCAUCACUGCACCUACUGUAAGGCAGUACUAUGCAUAUCUCACCGACACUCAGUGCAAAAGGGUCGGGACACAAUGCUGGGUGUUUGGGGCAAUUGCCUUCCUGGAAGCCACAGUCUGCAUAAAGUUUGGGCAGGAUCUCUUCUCUAAAACACAUCUCCUUUAUGUGUUUCUCUGGCUUUUCAGUGUGGCAGUCAUUACGUUCUUGUGUCUGUACGGCAUGGUCUGGUACGCUGAUUACUGUGGGCAACGAGAGAAGACAUUUUCUGAGUGUGAGGACAGCACAUACAACACAGACAUUCCCUGGCACCAUAUAGACAAACCAGUUGAAGCCCCAGUGAAGCAGAAUGAAGGUACGUCAAGAAGAAAGAACCGCCACAAAGGAAAAGUGACUAACGGGGUGGGAAAGAAGUAAAUACAAGUGUGGUGAAGCCUUAGGAGAGAGCAGGGGCUGAGACAAUUCUACUGUUGAUUCACGCCCACGAGGAGCCUUUAGUUGAUUGGAGGCGGGAUCGUGCAAUCAGGGUUUUGUUCUUAAGCAUCCCACAAGCUAAAGGUCCUCCAUCACCUUCAUUUCUAAGCCAUCACCUGCUCCAAAUGCCAUUUAUAAGCUUCUCAGAAACAUUAGAGGCAUUGGAUCUUCAGUACUGCAAACUGCAGGCAAUCAAACAGCAGCCUCCACCCUAUAGUAGUGGAGAAAUAAGGGCCUUUUUUGUUUUUUUUUGUUAUUUUGGGCCAUGCACUGCUUAUUUGUGACAGAAAGUCUCUGCUAUCCCAGAUACCAAAGCUUCCACACCACCAGCCUUGUUGGUUUUAUUUCAGUGGGUAGACUUUUGUAUUUUUUAACUUUGGCUUCCAGAGCUUUGCCCCUGGGAAUGUGGCCCAACGUGUCGCGCUUUUAUUCCUCAUUUUCCUUUGCAUUUUGUACAACUUUUUUUUUUUUUUCCAUUUUGUAUGCAACCAUCACUGUGGCUCCCAUUAUUAUUACUGUUAUUAUCUUGCGUACUAUUGUUCUAUUAGGAAUAGAUUUAACCACAUGCAGAAGUAUUCCAGGUCUUUGCCCACCAAUCACAAACCCAGCAUUUACAGCCAUAGGUGUGAAGGGGCUUGUGUCUAACGUGUGUGCUUUCCAACCUUGUGCGCUGCGGGUUGGCUGGGAGCGAGCAGAAUGCACAUAAAGACAACCCGAAUGCCAAAACAUCCAGCACAAUCCGAUCAUGCAACUUUGUAGCUGCCACAAGCGGAUGUAUGACUUGAAGUUUUUUUUUUUUCGGGUAAACAGGGAAAGGCAGAUCUUGUACCAGCCAUGACUCAUUUGCCAACAUGGCUAAAAUACACAUCUUUGAGGCACAAAAUAAACAAUCAUUAUAAUAAUAA